ACGACAGUAUGCAAAAGAUUUCACAAGAGAUAAACUUAAAGAACAUAGGAAAUAUACGAAAGAACUUGAUAAAAUUAUUUCAAAUAAUGAAUCAAAAGAAAAAUGUGCUCAAGCUCAAAAAUGUCUUAACGAAUUUGAUCCAGUGACAGUGAACCGCGCCUUCCCUCGGGGAAUAGACUACGCCUCUAUUUCCAUGUUGCAACUAGGAACUGCGUCUUUCUGGUUGUUAGACUGGCGUCUCGUUUCAUGGAAUAUAUCUCCUAAUCCUUUGAUUAUGAUGAUAAGUUUUGGUUAUUUGAUUAGACUAAUAUAUUAUCUGUUUUAUAAGGACGAGAAAUCAUCCCCAGAAGUAGAAGCUUUUUGGAUAUCGGACUCGAUAAAACUUACCAAGUUAAACUAUGCAAAAUCUGCGUUGGAUAAAACCGUCGAAGAAGCAAAGGAAAUACGUUCGAUUGUGUCUGAUGAAACGAUAUCCACAUUGAGAGACGAUAAUGCUGUUCUGUAUGUUAAUACUCCUGAAUCGAAGCGAGUACUAGAUCGAGACUGUGAAAGCGACGAAAAGUUAAGGCUAAACGUGGAAGAAAUGGGAUUUGACGAGUACGUUGAUCGCAAUGAUAUACCUUUCAUUUUCAAAACCAAAAACAUCUCGUCAUUAUUUGAGUCAUAUCGAUCCAAAGCGUUAGCUCAUGCGCAAAAUUCUGGUCUGAUAAUGACGAAAAAUUAUCACGAAGUAUUGAGUCUAUCCCAUAUUCUCUUAUUACAAAGGGAUAAUUAUUCGGAGUCGCAAGUAAAAACGUUCUCUAGGGAAACGCUCGAAGACCUCAGAAAGGAUAUUAAAUCGAAGCUAAUCGGAAAAGAAAAAGUAUCAAGGGACAUAAAAUCAAUCCUACAAGAGUACAUUGAGGUUGCUCUUGAUGAUAAUGAUGGUGGAUUACACGAACUUCGCGAAACCAUCACUGAAUCUUUUUCGAAAGAAUUUAAUUCAACAGAAGAGAAAGAAUUUUUUCGACGAAUGAAGUUUCUCUUUAAAAAUCUGUCUUAUACCAUCCCAUUACACCCAUUGAAAGAAAUUAUAAGCGAAGGAACACUUGUGGCGAAUAUAAUAAGUCCGAUUUUACGAAUUUUUUUUCAUGACUCAUACAUAUAUCCUACGAUAUGGCCGAAUACAUCCAGUACCAGCGCAAAAGUACGAAAACUUGCCAUCGGUGAUCCUACCCGGGCUAAACAACCCGAUAUGAUUGGGAAAAUCGUCAAUAAUGCAAAUUUUGUUUAUGAAACGAUGUUCGGUGAGGAUUCCCUUGAUAAUAUUUCGCGUAAGACCGGUGUCAAUCGGAUUUUCAGUUUUCAAGUUAUUGUUACAAAGUGGACCGGCUACAUGAUGACAUUAAUUAGCCCAGGGAUUUACGUUAUGAUUGAUAUUGGCAGUGUAGAUCUUCCAAGAUCUUUCGAAGUAUGCAAUACGUUUCUAACUGGUUUGGACACACUGUUUGCAUUUCAGAUAGCGUACGAAAAAACAAUAAAAGAUAUUCUCUCAAUUAUGAAUAAAAGUGAAGAAUUCGAGAGUAAUGAUAAUUUUAAAGGAUGGCGUCGAUCAACACUUG